CUGUUUGAUCGAAGGCUGUGCUCCCCCCAGGAGGUGUGUGUGCAGGAUGGGCUGUUUGGGCAGUGCCAGGUGGGCUCCAUGCAGGACAGACCCUACUUCCAAGUCACCUCUCCUGUGCUCCAGCGCUUGCAGGAUGUCUUGCGGCAUCUCAUGGCACAAGGGCUCUCAUGGCAGGACGGCAUCACCCAGUAUGUGAUCUCGCAGGAGAUGGAGCGCAUCCCUCGCCUCCGCCCCCCACCUUCACUGGAGCCACGCUACCUGGAGCACCUCCUGCUGCCACCCCCACCCCAGCUGGGCUACGAGGAGGCUCUGCUCAACCCCUACUCCUACCACAAGGUGUUGCUGGCCCUGAAGUGCCCACAGCAAAACGAGUGGGUCUGCAGCAGAGUGGUGCUGGAGGAGUUGCCACACCACAGAAUCCCAGCCAGCAGCUCCACAGGGGAUGGGUUGAGGGGCAGGGCAACAUCCUCGCCAGCCCCCCGGGCUGAGCCACAGCGAGCACAGGGUGGGGACGUGCUCAGCUCAGGGAAGCCGAUCGUGGUGGAGAAGAAGAGCUACACAGAAGCAAAAAAUGGUGGAGCGCAGCAGGGCACGCGGCCACCGGACGAGUAUGGCUACAUCAUCACAGACCAGAAGCCCCUGGGGCUGGCUGCUGGCGUGCAGCUGCUGGAGCUCCUCGCCAAGCACCUCCACCUCUCCACAGCCAGCUUCAUCAACAUCAGCGUCGUGGGUCCUGCGCUCACCUUCCGCAUCCGACAGAACCCCAAGAACUUCUCUCUGGCAGGUGUGGCCAGACAGGCCGGGGNNNCGAAGACAGAACUGGAGUCAGAGCUGGGCCUGAAGAUCGUGCAAACAGGAGUGGGAGAGCGAAACGAGGCUGCUGCCUACUCGCACCCAUCCCGCUUCGGGGACAGCUUCCACUCGGUGCUGCUGACCUUCAUCGCGCUGGCCUGCGUGGCGGGCAUCACCAUCGCGGCUGCCGCAGUCUUCUGCCUCCGGCGCCAUGCCAAGCAGCGGGAGAAGGAGCGCCUGGCCGCCCUGGGGCCCGAGGGGGCUGCUGACACCACAUUUGAGUACCAGGAGCUGUGCCGCCAGCAUAUGGCUGCCAAGUCUCUCUUUGGCCGUGCCGAGGCACCGGCGGCUCCGGCGGAGACCUCACGGGUCAGCAGCGUCUCGUCCCAGUUCAGCGACGCCCCACAGCCCAGCCCCAGCUCCCACAGCAGCACACCCUCCUGGUGCGAGGAGCCUGUCCAAUCCAACAUGGACAUAUCCACUGGACACAUGAUUCUGGCCUAUAUGGAAGACCACCUCCGCAACCGGGACCGGCUGGCCAAGGAGUGGCAGGCUCUCUGCGCUUACCAGGCUGAGCCCAGCGUCUGCUCCAUUGCCCAGAGCGAAGCCAACCUUAAGAAGAAUCGCAACCCUGACUACGUGCCCUAUGACCACAUGCGGAUCAAGCUGAAAGCCGAGAGCAACCCGUCCCGCAGCGACUUCAUCAACGCCAGUCCAAUUAUCGAGCACGACCCGCGGAUGCCAGCCUACAUCGCCACGCAGGGACCCCUGUCCCACACAAUUGCUGACUUCUGGCAGAUGGUGUGGGAGCACGGCUGCACUGUCAUUGUCAUGCUGAGCCCACUGGCUGAGGACAGUGUCAAGCAGUGUGACCGCUACUGGCCGGACGAAGGCUCCUCUCUCUACCACAUCUACGAGGUGAACCUGGUGUCGGAGCACAUCUGGUGCGAGGAUUUCCUGGUGCGCAGCUUCUACCUGAAGAAUGUGCAAUCGCAAGAGACACGCACCCUCACGCAGUUCCACUUUCUCAGCUGGCCGGCCGAGGGCAUCCCUGCCACCACCCGGCCCCUCCUUGACUUCCGCAGGAAGGUGAACAAAUGCUACCGGGGUCGCUCCUGCCCUAUUAUCGUGCACUGCAG